AUGGCGCCUGUUGGAAAGGGUAAAGCAAGUAGAGGCCGUGGUGGAGGCCGUGGUGGGAGAUCCGGUGUUCGAGUUUUUAAUGGUAAAAACCCUAGCCGUGGCGUCGGAUCGUCAUCUCACGCCUCCAAUCCUUCGUCUUCGAACGCAACAGCUUCGGCUAGUCAAACAUCUAGGGCAACUACUCCAGCUCAAUAUCCGCCGUCGUCACAACCACCACCUCCUCCUCGUCUUUCAUCACCGCAAGUUAGUGGUCAACCUCCUAAUUAUCAACAGCCGCCUCUCAAUUAUCAGCAGCCGCCUCCUAACUAUCAGCCGUCGCCUCCUAACUAUCAGCCGCCGCCUCCUUAUCAACCGCCGGGUCCUUAUCAACCGCCGGGUCCUUAUCAGGUAUGA